AUGGCCCCCUCAACCUGGGCCCUCUGCUGCCUCCUGGGGGGCCUCCUGCUCUGUGUCAGCAGCCCCAGCCCCAGCGUGCCCCGCCUGCGGCUCUCCUACCGAGACCUCCUGUCUGCCAACCGCUCUGCCAUCUUUCUGGGCCCCAGAGGCUCCCUGGACCUCCAGGCUAUGUACUUGGAUGAAUACCGGGACCGCCUCUUUCUGGGGGGCCGUGAUGCUCUCUAUUCUCUGCGGUUGGACCAGGCAUGGCCAGAUCCCCGGGAGGUCCUGUGGCCGCCACAGCCAAGACAAAGGGAAGAAUGCAUUCGCAAGGGACGAGAUCCUUUGACUGAGUGUGCCAACUUCGUGCGUGUGCUGCAGCCGCACAACAGGACCCACCUUCUGUCCUGUGGCACUGGGGCCUUCCAGCCCAUCUGUGCCCUCAUCACAGUUGGACACCGUGGGGAGCAUAUGCUCCACCUAGAGCUCUCCAGUGUGGAAAAUGGGCGGGGGCGGUGCCCACAUGAGCCCAGCCGUCCUUUUGCCAGCACUUUUGUAGGCGGAGAGCUGUACACGGGCCUCACUGCUGACUUCCUGGGGCGCGAGGCCAUGAUCUUCCGAAGUGGGGGACCCCGACCAACCCUGCGCUCUGACUCUGACCAGAACCUCUUGCACGAGCCCCAGUUUGUGAUGGCCGCCCAGAUCCCUGACAACUCUGACCAGGACAAUGACAAGGUGUACUUCUUCUUCUCGGAGACUGUCCCCUCGCCCGAUGGCAGCCCGGGCCAUGUCACCAUCAGCCGUGUGGGCCGAGUCUGUGUGAAUGAUGCUGGUGGCCAGCGAGUGCUGGUGAACAAAUGGAGCACCUUCCUGAAGGCCAGGCUAGUCUGCUCAGUGCCUGGCCCUGGAGGUGCUGAGACCCACUUUGACCAGCUGGAGGACGUGUUUCUGCUGUGGCCCAAGGCAGGGAAGAACCUCGAGGUGUAUGCACUGUUCAGCACUGUCAGUGCUGUGUUCCAGGGAUUUGCCGUCUGCGUGUAUGAUAUGGCAGACAUCUGGGAGGUCUUCAAGGGGCCCUUUGCCCAUCGAGAUGGUCCUCAGCACCAGUGGGGGCCCUUUGGGGGGAAGGUGCCCUUCCCCCGCCCUGGUGUGUGCCCCAGCAAGAUGACGACACAGCCAGGGCGGCCCUUUGGCAGCACCAAGGACUACCCAGAUGAGGUGCUGCAGUUCACCCGAGCCCACCCACUCAUGUUCCAGUCUGUGCGGCCUCAGCAUGGCCGCCCAGUCCUUGUCAAGACUCAUCUGGCCCAGCAGCUGCGCCAGAUCGUGGUGGACCGCGUGGAAGCAGGGGAUGGGACUUAUGACAUCAUCUUCUUGGGGACUGACUCAGGUUCUGUGCUCAAAGUCCUUGUCCUCCAGGAAGGGGGCUCAACUGAACCUGAGGAGGUGGUCCUGGAGGAGCUCCAGGUGUUUAAGGUGCCAACACCCAUCACUGAGAUGGAGAUCUCUGUUAAAAGGCAAACGCUAUACGUGGGCUCUCAGCUGGGUGUGGCCCGGCUGCAGCUGCACCAGUGUGAGACUUACGGCAGUGCCUGUGCUGAGUGCUGCCUGGCCCGGGACCCAUACUGUGCCUGGGAUGGCACCUCCUGUACCCACUACCGCCCCAGCUCCAGUAAGCGCCGGUUCCGCCGGCAGGACAUCCUGCAUGGCAACCCUGCCUUGCAGUGCCUGGGCCAGAGCCAGGAAGAGGAGGCUGCAGGACCUGUAGCCGUCACAGUCUAUGGCACAGAGCACAACAGCACCUUCCUGGAGUGCCUGCCCAAAUCCUCCCAGGCUGCCGUGCACUGGUUUUUACAGAGGCCAGGGGAUGAAAGGCCUGAUCAGGUGAAGACGGACGAGCGAGUGCUUCGCACAGAGCAGGGGCUGCUGUUCCGCAGGCUCAGCCGCCUGGAUGCGGGCACCUACACCUGCACCACGCUGGAGCACGGCUUCUCCCAGACUGUGGUCCGCCUGGCUCUGGAGGUUAUUGUGGCCUCACAGCUGGACAGCCUUUUCCCUUGGGAGCCAAGGCCAGAGGUGCCCCCAGGCCGGGGAGGCCUAGCCCAAACACCCACCAAGGCUUGGUACAAGGACAUUCUGCAGCUCAUUGGCUUUGCCAACCUGCCCAGGGUAGAUGAGUACUGUGAGCGGGUGUGGUGCAGGGGCAGCAGAGAAUGCUCAGCCUUCCUCCGCAGCCGGGCCCGGGGCAAGCAGGCCAAGGGCAAGAGCUGGGCAGGGCUAGAGCUGGGCAAGAAGGUGAAGAGCCGGCUGCAGGCCGAGCACAACCGGACACCCCGGGAGGUGGAGGCCACAUAGGGGAGGGCAGGGAAGGGAUGGUCAGGAUGGGUCCAAGGGCCCAGUAGCAGCUCCCUACAUCUCCCACCCACCUGGCUGAGGCAGAGGGGGCCAGGAUGUCUGAUCCCCUCUUAGAGAUGGGUGUCUCUGCCCCCACAUUCCUAUUGAGCCACCUCCAGAGAAGACUGGGGGCCUAGUGGAGGGCACUGUGCCUGAGCCUGUUCCCCACUCCUCUGUGCUCUCAGUCUCAAGCUGGAGCCAGUACCCUCUGGCCACUGGCAGCCCCAAGGGACCUGCCAUUUGUUCUUAGAGAUGGCCUGGCCUCUGAGCUUAUUUCCGGUUGUGCCCAGAGGCAAGAGGGUUGGGUGAUUCUUUUCCAGUCUACAGAACAAUGGCCAUUCUGAGUGGCCCUCAGAGGGGGUGUGUGGGUGGGUCUAAGGGGACAUCUGGGCAGGGAGCCCUUAGGCAGCCAUAGAGGUAGAAGUGGUCUCUAAGGCAGCACCUGUUAAGAAGGGACUACCCAAUGCAGGAGUUGGGGAGGGAAUUGGGGGUGUUGAGAAGGUGGAGCAGCAAGACUUUCUUGACUCAUGUUGUGCCUUGAUACCAUGAUGGUUCUGUGGCAUGGCUCAUCACUUCUCCAUCUCAGAAUUCCAGAAGUGCAGACUGCUAGGUCCCAUCCUGGGACCUGAGGUGGUCAGGGCCUCAGGCUCCACUUUGGGCCAAGUUUCCUGGGAUGCCCACACCUCCUAACACCCCCCUCCCCACCAUCAAGUUCCCCAUGCUGAUGAGGAGGGAGGAGUGGGUUCCAGGGGAAUAUCACUCCUCAUUUCUGUGGACUAGAGGUGGGAGGAGGAGCUGGGGAAGUGUGGGGCUGAGAGGAAUGAGCUGUCUCCCAGGGCGAUGCAAGCACAUGCCAGCCCUGGGUCCCUGGGAGGGUGAUAGCAUGAAGGUCUGUGAGCUGCAGCUGGUCCUCAAGGUCAGGGCCAGGGCUUUUGUAACAGAUUCACAGAAGACUGGGAGGCUAUCGAGAUGGAGGGCAGGAGACCCUUAGGAUGGCUCUGAGACACAGGCAGGAAUAGGUGUCUUCAGGGAUUCAUGAUGAUGUUAAUUAACUCAGGAGUCACAGAGAAGGCCAGAGGUCACCAACUUUGGGACCUCUAUUUUCUCCAAUAAGAGCUAGGCAUGGAUGAUUUAUUUAGAAAGACUUUUUUUUUUUCUUAUAAGGGGGAAAAAAACAGAGAAAAAAGCUAAGAACUUUGAGUCCUACUGAUUGUGGUGAGACUUGGAAGGCAAGGGCACACUCUUCCUGGGCGUGUAAGGGAGGUGUUUUGCCAUCAGCAGUUUCUCAGGCUGUGGGGAGCACAGAGGGGGAGGAGGAGCACUAAAUGAAAAGUUGUUCCCAGCCUUCAUAAGAACAGAUUAGUGACGCACAAAACUGUCUAGUGAGAGAUAGGAGCAUAGGGUUUGAGAUUCUCUCUGUUAAAAAACCAAGACAAAGAAAGGAGGAAAAAAAGAGAUAAAAAGCAAGACAGGGCUUCCUGUCUUGCUGAAACUCAAACCCAGGCUACCCUGGGUCUUAUUUUCCCAUUAACCCUGACACCUUCAGAGGACUGAAAUGUAGAAUAGCCCUCCUUACCCUUUGAUUGUGCAGUAAGUGGACCAAAGGCUCUGAGGUGAACCUAACAGCACCUUAAGACCCCUUCUGAGCUGGGGGUACUGUCUGCUGGGGUGUCAUUAGAUAAAGCAUAGGAGGAAGGAGGAAGGGGGCUAGAGAACAGAAGGGAGGGCAGAUGAGGGCACAAAAGAGGGGAGGAGAGGGUGCAGGGCUCCAACAGAGCCAGAAAGAAAGAACCAGACCUUCUAGUGGCCCUAGAAAAUGAAGGGAGAUGAA